AUGCAAUCGGACAACGAAACUUACCUUGGACUGGACCUGAGCACUCAAAAGUUGAAAGCCGUUUUGCUGAACGUAAAUCUGGAAAAUGUUGCACACGCGGAAGUGAAGUUUGACUCAGAUCUGCCAGAAUUCCGUACCACCGGUGGAGUGAAUGCUGGAACGGCAAAAAAUGAAUUCUACGUUCAACCUGUUAUGUGGAUAAAGGCCCUCGAUAUGGUGUUGGAUCGUAUAGUGGUGCAGGGAGCCGACCUGAGCACGGUUGUAGCACUGAGCGGGUCCGCACAGCAGCACGGUUCACUGUACUGGUCCCGUUCCGGCAUCGAAACGCUGCGCAAUCUGGAUGCGGAUAAAUUUCUGCACACGCAGCUGGACGAUUCCGCCUUCACCGUGCACCGGACACCAAUCUGGAUGGACGGUACGACCGGCCGGCAGUGUGAGGAGAUGGAAACAGGUGUCGGUGGCCGGGAGCGAAUGGUACAGAUCACCGGUUCGCGAUGCUACGAACGGUUCACUGGGCCACAGAUAAGGCGCAUCUUUCAGCAACGCCCCGAUUGCUAUCGCAAUGCGGAGCGUAUCUCGCUCGUGAGCAGCUUCCUCGCAUCGAUCUUUCUCGGAGAUGUUGCACCGAUCGAUUGUUCGGACGGGUCCGGCAUGAAUCUGUUGGAUGUUAACACCCGUGACUGGUCGGACGACUGCCUGGCGGCGUGUGCACCAGGAUUGCGGGCCAAACUUGGAGAACCGGUACCGUCCGCCACGGUUAUUGGCACCGUUGGGUCGUUUUUCGUGCAGCGAUAUAACUUCCCGUCUGGGUGUCGGGUGGUGGCCUUCACCGGUGACAAUCUGUCAGCAUUGGCUGGUAUGAAUGUGGGGAAGGAUUGGUUAGCUUUGUCGCUCGGUACCAGCGACACGGUGAUGAUGAAGCUGAACGCCCCUUCGAAUUUGCAGGAGGGCCACGUUAUGGUACAUCCAACGGAUGAUGGUUUCAUGGGAUUGCUGUGCUUCCGGAAUGGGUCGUUGGUACGCGACAUCUUCAAGCGGGCGGAGGCAAAUGACAAUUGGGAGAAUUUCAGUGAACUGCUCGAUUCAACACCACGCGGCAACUUUGGCAACCUGGCGCUACACUUCAUCUCGAAGGAAAUUUUACCGCCGGUGAAGGGUUCGCUGCGGUGGAACAAAAAUUCCAGCCUAGCUAGCGUGGAGCUUGCCAAGGGUGUGCUGAAGUAUAGUUCACCCCAGAGCGAAAUCCGCGCGCUGGUCGAAGGCCAAAUGUUAACCCGGAAAACGUAUGCCACCGAGAUGGGGUUUAGCUUCGGUGAAAAUACGAAGAUACUUGCAACCGGUGGGGCAUCUGCUAACCGUUCCAUUCUGCAGGUCGUUUCGGAUGUGUUUAAUGCGCCCGUGUACACGCAGAAAACCACCGAGGCGGCCCUGAUUGGUGCCGCAUUCCGGGCGAAGUACGUGCUGAGCGUCGCAAGGUCGAAGGAGAAUCCGUGCGGCGAUGGCAAGGGUGUGACAAAUGCGCCUGGACCGUACUACGACUUCAUAGCGAAUCUUUUACCCCACUCGGUGACGCGCGUGUGCGAUCCGAGCAAGGACAGUGAGGAUAUCUACGGUACGAUGGAGGAACGGUACCGGGCCAUGGUAAGCUUCAUGAUGGAGCAGCAGGAUUAG